AUGCCGGGGUUUGCUGAUUCCUUCUGGUCGAGCGACUACGCUGCAGGACUAGGUGUUCUGUUCACCAAGCUGCAACAAGGUGUCCAUGAGAACAGACAAGUUCUGACUAUUGCACGUCUGCGUGCCGAGGCCGAGGAGACUUAUGGCCAGCGCCUUAGCGAUAUUGCUCCUGCUGCUGAUAAGGUUGCCGGUGGCUUCAGUCGUGAUGAUGGAGCUACCGUUCGUAAGGCUUUUGAUGGCAUGCGAAAUGAGAUGCAAGAUGCUGCCCGUAACCAUCGUCGCAUCGCUCAGAGCAUCCGCGACCUCGUCGUCAAUCCUUUCUCCCGUUGGUGCGACUCCCACGAAGCUCGUAUCCAAGAUUCCCAAGAUGAGUUGCAGGUCCGAAUCAAAGCUCACGACCGUCAAGCCGAGGCUGUCAAGAAGCUCCGAUCUGUUUAUUUCAACAAGUGCCGAUUAGUGGAGGAUCUCGAGGAGGAGAAUAAACUGGCUUUCCAGGACCCCGAAACCAGCCCCAAAGCUGGCCAGAACAUCCCUGAAAUCAAGGUCCAGCCACACAAGGAGGAGGAGCCUGAAGAAGAGGAACUUUAUGAGAUUGGCGACGAUACUUAUCAGCCCGAACAAGUCAAGAAGAUUAUUUCCCAAAUGCUCUCCAGCAUCAAGAUGGGCGAGACCAAGGUGCCAAUUCUGGGAACGUAUCUCAACACUUCUUCCGGUUCCGAUAUUGUCGAAUAUCUGCAGCGUAGCAUGGGCAACAUCAACGUCGCUUAUGCCGAGCGCAUUGGUCAAGAUCUUGUUAACAACGGUUUCCUGCGACUCAUUGGAAAUGUGGGCAGCACAUUUGCCAACAGCUCCAAGAUGUUUUACCAAUGGCAAUCCAAGGCUUUCACAAUGGCUGGUGUCCCCGAAAAGAAAUCCAUCAACCGCACUUUCUCGCUUGCCUCCACCGGAUCUGAAGGCGCCGAAUCUCCCGUUGGAACAGUCAGCGAGUACCUCGCCAACUGGAAAGUUCUCAAUAACUCUCACCCGGGCGAGACCCCGAGCCAGCGCAUGCAACGGGAGGCACGUGAAGCUGACGAGAAGUACCGCGAGGGCGUUCGCAAGCUUGAUGAGUUGCGAUGCGAGCUUGAGGAGGCGAUCCAUCUCCACCUCAAGUUCCUCGAGCGAUGUGAGCUUGACCGCCUUAAAGCCGUUAAGACGGUCAUCCUCGACUUUUCGGGCACCAUUGGAAAUGUCAUCCCCAGUCUGCAGUCUACUGUAGACCAGAUGAUGCUCUUCCAAGAGACUAUUCAGCCCCAAAACGAUUUGCGGUAUCUGGUUGAGACUUAUCGCACUGGAAGUUUUGUGCCCAAGGUUGUGGUAUACGAGAAUUACUACAACAAGGUGGAUGAGCAGACGUUUGGUAUUGAUCUCGAGGCUCGUGCUAGGGCCGAUAAGAAGCGAGUGCCAAUGAUUGUCACAACUCUCUUGACCUUUUUGGAUCACCAUUACCCUGAUCUCGAAGGUGACGAAGCCAGGCGGGGUGUGUGGCUGUUGGAAGUUCCGCUGUCACAGUCACACAGUUUACGUGCCAAGGUCAACGACGGCAAGCCUGUUUCUCCUGAUGUUUUUGACGAUUUUGAUAUCCCCACGAUUGCUAGUCUGCUCAAGAUCUACCUUCUGGAACUUCCUGAUUCUCUGGUCUCCUCUCAUGUUUACGAAAUUAUCCGAACUAUUUACUCCACUCCCUCUACAGAUGCUGAUGAGUCUUCCCGUAUCGCUGCUCUCCAGUCUACUCUGUCUCAACUUCGUCUUACCAACAUUGCAACACUCGAUGCUUGCAUGAACCACUUUACUCGUCUUAUCGACCUGACCUCUGCUGAUGAAACCUAUGUUGCAUCACUCGCUAGUGCCUUGGCACCUUGCAUCUUGCGACCACGGACUGAGACGUCUCUCACCAUGGAAGAGAAGCAUGCGUACCGAUUGGUUCGAGACUUGUUUGCCCACAAGGAUGCGAUCUUUAGUGCCCUCAAGCGCAUGUCCAUGGUCACCCACUCGACUUCCGUAGGUAGCAACAACAGACCUCGAGCCAUUAGCACCGACGAGAGCAACCGCAAGGCCCUCAUGGAAGAGCGGAAUAGGGCUCUGCUUGAAAAGGCCAGCGCAAGCCGAGGCCGUGAUAAGAGCCCUGCCCCAGGCCCGCGCGGUCACCGCCGGGAUCGUAGCACAGGUGGACCAGAGACCCGGUUCCCCAUCGCAAGCCCAACAGCAGCGUCGGCUGUUGACCGACACCGUACCAGUCUUGGUGGAGUGAUCAAGCGACAGAGUCUUGAGGUUCCCGAGCCCGAUAGCGCUACACCUGUCAACGGCGAGGCAGAGAAGGACAAGUCUGAUGCCGACUCAGACAAACGUGAUAGCCGUGACAGCACAGGACGGACACCUACCAAGUUUGUUGGCGGUAAGCGAGUUCCUGUGGUGCCGUCCACUCCAUCAACUCCGCCUUCAGACUCGACUCGUGGGGUCCAACUUGAGGAUGCUCCGAUGGAAGACUAG